GAAAACGACCCAACCCAGCGCCAAGCGGGAACGAGCGGGCAGUUGAUGGUGAUCUGUCGAAAACAGAGACAAUUACAGCUGCCGACAUUGAAAAGAAAUCGCUAGCCCUUCUGCUAGCUGUACAAGGAGCAACUGAAGACUGAACAUGCCGCGGGAAAUUAUAACUCUUCAGCUUGGACAGUGCGGAAACCAAAUCGGCUUUGAAUUCUGGAAGCAGCUGUGUGCUGAGCAUGGCAUCAGUCCAGAGGGGAUCGUAGAGGAGUUUGCAACUGAAGGGACGGACAGGAAGGAUGUGUUCUUUUAUCAGGCUGAUGAUGAGCACUACAUCCCUCGUGCCGUUCUGCUGGACCUUGAACCCCGCGUGAUCCAUUCCAUCCUCAGCUCCCCGUACGCAAACCUGUACAAUCCAGAGAACAUCUACCUGUCUGAGCACGGAGGGGGUGCUGGGAACAACUGGGCCAGCGGAUAUUCACAAGGCAAAAAAAUCCAAGAAGAGAUCUUUGAUAUCAUUGACCGAGAGGCAGAUGGUAGCGACAGUCUGGAGGGAUUUGUCCUCUGUCAUUCCAUUGCCGGGGGAACUGGGUCAGGACUGGGUUCGUACCUGCUGGAGAGACUCAACGACAGGUACCCAAAGAAGCUGGUACAGACCUACUCUGUUUUCCCAAACCAGGAUGAGAUGAGUGACGUGGUUGUUCAGCCGUACAACUCGCUGCUCACUCUGAAGAGGCUCACCCAGAAUGCAGACUGCGUGGUUGUGCUGGAUAACACCGCUCUGAACCGCAUUGCUACAGACAGGCUGCACAUCCAGAACCCCUCCUUCUCCCAGAUUAAUCAGCUGGUUUCAACAAUCAUGUCUGCCAGCACAACUACGCUACGUUACCCGGGCUACAUGAACAACGACCUGAUCGGCCUGAUUGCCUCACUAAUUCCCACUCCUCGUCUCCAUUUCCUCAUGACUGGUUAUACGCCCCUGACCACCGACCAGUCGGUUGCCAGCGUGAGGAAAACCACAGUGCUGGAUGUGAUGAGGAGGUUAUUGCAACCCAAGAAUGUGAUGGUAUCCACGGGAAGAGAGAGACAGCCCAAUCACUGCUACAUUGCUAUCCUGAACAUCAUCCAGGGGGAAGUUGACCCCACACAGGUCCAUAAAAGCCUUCAAAGGAUCCGGGAGCGAAAACUGGCCAAUUUUAUUCCCUGGGGUCCAGCCAGCAUCCAGGUGGCUUUAUCCAGGAGGUCCCCGUACCUGGCCUCGGCUCACAGAGUGAGCGGCUUGAUGAUGGCCAACCACACAAGCAUCUCUUCUCUCUUUGAGCGCACGUGCAGACAGUAUGACAAACUAAGAAAGCGUGAGGCAUUCCUGGAACAGUUUCGAAAAGAGGACAUCUUCAAGGAAAACUUUGACGAGCUGGACAACUCCCGUGAGGUUGUGCAGCAGCUUGUGGACGAGUACACCGCGGCAACACGGCCUGACUACAUCUCCUGGGGCACACAAGAUCAGUGACCGUGGUCUGUGACUGGCCAUAGCUGCUGUUCUGACAUUUAUUUAUUAGCAUGUAAUGAUAGUUUAAGAGGUGGUGAUCAAUGUUUAUACCAACUCAUUAACCAAAGUGUUUCCUGGACUGGCAUUCUGUUCUGGAGAAUCAGAAUCCUUGGUGAUCUACAUGUUCCUGUAACAAAUAGUUUCCAGAGUUAUUGCAAGUAAUCACUGACGGCAUCAGUUAAUGUUCAUUUCUUUUGCUUCCAGUCCUUCAAUGUUAAACAACCUGUUGCCUUUUUAUCUAUUUUUCUACAGAGUUCAGUAGUUUUUGUUGAAUUUUCAUUCUUGCCCACUACCCACAGAUUUCAAAGGAAGAUAUUUAAUGUAGGUUUUGCCAAACCUCACAUUUCUGACUUAAAGGUACCAAAGGUACCUCUGUUUUAAAGACUAACUGGUUCUCUGUAGAGUCUGAGGUGUAUUGUUCCUUAUUACUGUUUGAUGGACCUGUAAGAUGAAUAAAAAUGUUUUCUAUUACUGCA